AUGGCUACAGGCACCACCCUUCAUGCCGACUACCAGGCCGCCGACUUCUCGUCUGGCGGCACCGGUGCUCGGUUUGCACGCGCGAUCAUCAUCGUAGCAGGUGUAUGCGCCCUGGUCGCGAGUCUGGUCACUUUCGUUGCUACAAAGAUAUGUGGUUCGCAUACUGCUCAUGCAUUCACCAUCUACACGUUUCUCCAACUGCUUAUCAACUUCAUCGGCGGCGAACGCGCCCUUAUCAUCCUCAUGACCGGCCGGGCUCCCGUGUCCCACCCAUGGCCCCUCAACCUCGUCUGCUCCAAGAUCGAUAUCUCGGACCCGCAUACCUUCCUCGCUAUCAAGCGUGGUAUCCUACAAUACGCUUGGAUCAAACCUCUUCUCUCGAUAGCCACUAUCAUAAUGAAAGCUACGGGCACCUACCAGGAGGGUUAUAUUGGCCUAACAUCGGGCUACUUUUGGAGUGGCAUCAUCUACAACGUCAGCAUCACCAUCAGUCUGUACGCUCUGGCCAUGUUCUGGGUGUGCAUGUCAACAGACUUGAAGCCCUUCCGACCCAUGCCCAAGUUCUUGUGCAUCAAGGGCAUCAUUUUCGCCUCGUACUGGCAGGGCUUCUUCCUCUCCAUUCUUGUCUUCCUCGGUGCUAUCCCAGACGACGUACCCGGCUACAGUCCCGACAACCUCGCUGCUGCCAUUCAAGAUGCCAUGAUCUGCUUUGAGAUGCCGCUCUUCGCACUUGCUCAUUGGUAUGCCUUUUCAUGGCACGAUUACGCUGACCAGACUAUCUCGGCUGCGCGACUACCUGUUAAAUAUGCCUUGCGUGAUGCUUUUGGUCCCUUGGACCUCAUUCAGGACACCAAGGAGACGUUCGCCGGUGGCCAUUACGAGUACCGUUAUUUCGAUGCGCGCGACAAUGUCCUGGCUCAUGAAGAAUCUUCUUCUCGUGCCGCUCGCAUGGCAGAGGGAAUGCGCUAUGAACGAGGAGGAAAAGGCAAGUACUGGAUCCCAAAGCCCGGACAAGGAUCGGAACAUGAACCCCUCCUUAGCAAAGUCACGUCGAGCCGUGCCAGAGCCAUGAGCCCAGGUCCACACAAAGCUCUCAAAGGUGAGGGCGCCAAGUAUGGUACACCCGACGUUGUCAGUGAGCCCGAGCUGGACGACGAAGAUGAGCGGCUUUACGGAAACGCGCGUGAGCUCGAGUUCGGAGAUUGGAAUUACCCCGUCAUUGAAGCCCAUCGUCCGUCGCGCGAAGAUCGCAUGUACGCCGACCCCAACAUUCUGACGGCAUCAACCAACAGGAAUCUGCUUCAACCGACCAAGGAGAACAAGAGAAGACGAAGGAGUCAAAUCCAAGACAUACAGGCGUCUGUAGACAAGGGCAAGCAACGCGAUACGUCGAGCAACGGAGAGUCUUCCCGUUCAAAGUCACCGCAGUCCAAGUCGCGUGUGCCCUUUAGCAAUCUUCUGCGCCAAAAAUCGUCUUCCUCGAGCUCGGCAAAGUCUGACAAGAGCCAGCUUGUCGAUCUGGUUGUCGAGGACCACGAAGCGGAAGAAGUCGAUCGCGUCAGAGCGCGCAAGGAAGGCGGCCCGGGAUGGAACGAAGUCCCUUCGAAGCACUUUGUUCAUACUUACCCUGAGGAAGGCGAAGCAGAAGAGGUGCGAGAAGGCUUCAACCCCGACGAACCUGAGCCACACAACCCUGAAUCGGAGCAUAACCUCAAUUACCCAUUUGCCGUUCAGGGGCAAAGCGAAGAGGAACAGAGAAAACAAGAUAUCAAGCCGCACAUGACGAGCGAAGCCAACCAUUGGGAAACCCGCGACGUCAGCGACGAAAGGGCCGAAGAUGACCACGACCGCAUCAGUCCGUCAUACGGCAGUUUCCGAGAGGAACGCAACGCGUGGAACGACGGCUGA